AUGCAAACGACCAAGUAUCCUCUUUCACCUCCCAGCCUCGAAGAGCUAGCCGACAAUCUACAGGCACCUCUAGCUGCAAACUACGAGCAUUCAAGUGUUAGCAUUGUCCAGUGCCCUGACCUCCGCCAGGCUCCAUUCCAUCUCGCCUCUGAAGGACUCUCAGGCAACGAGAAAAUCGCAGAUAUCGGCGGGCAAGGACACCUAUUUCCUCGUCCUCUACUCGAUAGGAUAUACACUAUGGAUAAAAUUGCCGAGGCCAUGGACAUGAGCCCUUCGAAAGGAAGUCUGAUCGGCGCAGGCGCUGGGCCUUUUCAUCGUGUCGGACGAAACUGUGAGCUGUCGCCAAACAUAAGCUGGAAGCAAGGAUACGAGAAUGUCGACAACAAAACAUGCUUCGCACAGAUUAGCCCUAAUACCGGGGACGUUAGUAUCAAGAAGAGUCCGUCCUUGGAGUGUGCCUUGAUGGCAAAUCUGUAUGGAUCAGAAAGUGAGCCCGGGCCGGUUAUCAAGAUCACGGCUCGCAAGAGGAGAGGACAAGAGAGGAGCUUUACCGAGUGCAUUCGCAAGGCACUUGUUGCAGCCUUUGGCGAUUUGAAGACGAUCAGUCUCGGGGGUGCAUUCCUUAUCAAGACUGGCAAGGCGAGAUAUCAUGUUAUGCCCGACUUUCCGCCGGACAAUGAGCUACCGUUUAAGGACUCCAGACAGUUGAAUGACUGGCUGACGUACCAUGACUUUGACGGGCCCAUCGUCUGUAUGACUGUUCUCCAUUCAUCUGACCCUGGCAAGGCAAUGGGUCUGCGGAUGGAGCAUACUCAUGGCUACUCGCCCCAGGGGGGUGACUGCGGCGGGCAUUACCACUAUGAUGUGGAUGGUGACGAGAAUAUUGAAUACGAAGGAUACUUUAACACAGCCAAGGCUAUUUACCGUAUUGAUAUGCCCUCUGUGAGACUAGAGCGUGACUUGCAUGAUUAG